UAUGGGGAUUCAAGGUCUUCUGCCGUUUUUGAAGGACAUCCAUGAGCGUAUUUCCGUGUCUGAGUAUGCCGGACAAACUGUCGCCAUCGAUGCCUACUGUUGGCUCCACAAGGGUGCGUACGGCUGUGCUCUGCAACUGGCGCAAGGCACGAAGACAGACCUGUAUGUGAAAUACUGCAUGAAAAGGGUAAAUAUGAUGAGAUUUCACAACAUCAGACCUAUUCUUGUGUUUGACGGCGGGUAUUUGCCAAGCAAACGAGCAAAAGAAGAAGAAAGACGAGCGCGACGGAUGGAGUACAAGAAGAGAGGAAAACGCUUUUUGUCUGAAGGGGAGCGAGCUCGAGCCAUCGAUGCUUUUCAGAAAUGUGUGGAUGUGACGCCAGAGAUGGCACGGGAUGUUAUACAGGCUUGUCGCAAUGUCGGAGUUCAGUGCAUUGUGGCUCCAUAUGAAGCUGAUGCUCAACUGGCUUACAUGUUGAACUCAGGUCUUGUUCAAUUGGUUAUCACUGAGGAUUCAGACCUUCUAGUUUUUGGAACAGACAAGGUUUUAUUCAAGAUGGAUGCUAAUGGAGAUGGUGUGAGGAUCAGCCUCGACCGGUUGUCAGAAGUUAAGAGUCUAUCUGAUUUUAACAGAGACAACUUUAGACAUAUGUGUAUACUUUCGGGCUGUGAUUAUUUGCCAUCAGUACCUGGCUUAGGACUGUCAACAGCCUGCAAGCUGAUGAAACGAAAUGGAAAAGAUGCCAUGAAGGUGAUUCGAAUGUUGCGAUUGGAAGGAACGAAGAAAGUGCCACCAGACUAUGAUGAAGAUUUUGUCAAAGCAGAUUACACAUUCCUUUAUCAGUUGGUGUUCGAUCCUUCAAAGCAAAUACUUACUUCUCUUAACCAUGUACCUGAACAUUUGAAAGAGGUGGACAUGUCCUUUGCUGGACACCAUUUGAGUCCUAGAAAAGCCAGGGGCAUUGCUUGUGGCAAUAUCAACCCUCUUAAUCAUGCAGUAAUGGAUAGCUAUGACUCGAGUGCAGCCAGAUGUGAAAGUGUUGGUUUUUCAUCAUUGGCGAGUCAGAAAGUAUCUGUAGCACUAGGAGAAUGUCGUAUACAAGCUAAACUGAGAAUGAAUACCAGCUCUGGUCAUCUAAGUGGAGACUCAGGAUUUGAAUCACUGUUGGGUGAUGAUGAUGGUGAUGAUGAACAUACAGACAUUAAGCUUGCACAAUACAGAAACUCUGACUUGAAAUCUGAGUCAACCACUGAAGCAAACAAUCCAGACUCAACUAGUCAAAGUGAAAGAGUGAUGAAUGAUCUAGGGGACAGCCAUAAAGUUAUUGCAUCUCCGUUCUCUUACCAGAAGCCAAUAUGCAAACGGACAUUAUUCCAGUCUGAAUUCAAGGCAGCAACGGAAUCGCUAAGAGGAAUGACCAGCAGGCAUUUUAAUCAAUCACAGUCAAACGUCAGUUGCCAGAAACGAAAAAAGCUCAGUGAAGACUCACUGUUCGCUAGUCUGGAAUCCUCAAGCGAGUCCACUGAACCAGAAAGCAAGCAGUUAGACUUGCAAAAUGAUCAAUAUGAGACAAGUGAUGUAACAGUGGACAAGGAAUCUUGCAUAUCGGAUACUGACUUAAUUGAUUGUGGGAGAGAGAGUGAGGAACAACAGUCAACAGUUUCCUUGUCACAAAGUGAUGACAUUUCAGAGGUUUACCCGACUGAGCCUGUGAAGGAUGCGGAAAGCCGUCCUGUCUAUGUGUCUGCUUUCAGACAUCAUUCCCAGUCAUCCCAGAAGUCUCGCUACUGGAAUCAAGCACCUCAGAAACUGAUGAGAAGACGAACUGGGUUGUCAAAUCCCAAGUCUAAGUUGCAUCAGAGACAUAGCAGUUGUGGCGGUGGUAAUGCUAUUCCUGUUGACCGCAAACAGAGUACGUUGUUUCAGCAUUUUACCGCUCUUGACAAAAAUGGUUAAUAAAGUUUUUUAUUAAGUGCUUAUUAUUUAUUAUACAGUGUAUUAUCGGAGUCAUCCGAGUUG